UCCGCGGUAAGGAGGGAAACUUCCGUCCCUGACACUCGCAGCACGGUCCAUUGUACGACGCUUCGGCGAAAUUCGCAAUUGUUUAGACUUAAUCUGUUUAAAACUACACAUUUGUUGUUGUUUUUUUUAAAAGUUUCUUUAUCGCAUUUUGCCUCCAGCCGGUAGCAAUUCGGCAUCGCUGCCAUAUCCAACAAGGCUUUUCAAACAAGGGAUUGUCGGUAGCUUGGCGUAUCCACCUUGCGUUUAUGCUAGCACACGUUAGCACGCCUUCAAAUCCAAUGGGCACCGGGAGAACCAUGUUUUUAACGUCGACUCGGUUCGGAAGAAGUCCGCUUUAAACACCGAAGGUUCUCAACCUUCCAAAGAGAAGUCUUUUUUUUAAUUAAUUUAACCGGUUGUUUUACCGCCCGGGGUAAAGUCUCCCCCAAGGAUGAAUGGUUUCAGCACCGAGGAGGACAGCCAUGACGGCCCGCCCGCUCCUCCCUUCUACGGCCAGAGCUGCUGCCUGAUCGAGGACGGCGAGCGCUGCGGCCGCUCGGCUGGAAACGCCUCCUUCAGCAAAAGGAUCCAGAAGAGCAUUUCCCAGAAGAAGCUCAAGCUCGACAUCGAUAAGAGCGUGCGUCAUUUGUAUAUCUGCGAUUUUCACAAGAACUUCAUCCAAAGUGUGCGUAAUAAAAGGAAGAGGAAGACAAGUGAUGACGGAGGGGAGUCCCCGGAUCAUGACGUGGAGGUGCCAGAGGUGGACCUGUUCCAGCUGCAGGUGAACACGUUGCGGCGCUACAAGCGACACUUUAAGCUGCAGACCAGGCCCGGCCUCAACAAGGCCCAGCUGGCUGAGACGGUGAGUCGGCACUUCAGGAAUAUUCCGGUGAACGAGAAGGAAACGCUCACCUACUUUAUUUACAUGGUGAAGAGCAGCAAGAGCCGCUUGGACCAGAAAGGAGACGGUGGCAAACCUCUGGACUAAAAAAAAUAAUAAAAAAACACAAACAAAACUGCAAAAGUUUGCAACAUCCCACAGCCCCACAUCUUCGAGCAAACCAAAGACUCUUUGGUCUCCUUGGAGGACUUUUACCAGAUAGUCACCAACGCUCCACGGACGUCCUUGUCUUUGGCGAUUGCACCGGGACUCUCUUCGCCACACUGACUUGAUCACACUGUACCAUAGAAGAGCUGCCUUAAGAGUCAACCCCCUUGAUGUCCCUUUUGCUGUCCACGAAAAAUGUACAUGACCUUUCCAAACAAACGUGUGGAGGAUCAGAUCAAUGAGUUGCCUACAUGUUGCACCCAAGGACCAGAUACCAGAAGUACGCUGUCACCACGUACUUUCGACUACACAGAAACGCAGAUUAAAAUUAAGUAUAACAAAUCAGGUGAACGUUUUCUUCACCGCAUGAUUUUUUUUUUUUAGCUCUUGAUGUAAAUGAGUCCAACCGAUCCAAUAAACAUUUUGGCCAACAGAGGGCGCCACAAGUGACGCGAUUGCCAUCGUCAGAUGUCCAUGUCCAUUUCCACAGACUCUUUGCAGGUGUUGGGAGAUGCUUUUAUUUUAUUCCCUCUUUAAGAACAUUUUUCUUUUCAUUUAGUUAAAAAAAAAGGUUUCUUUUAAAAACGAGCGAUAAGCGGGGCCCUUUUACCUUGACAUCCAACAUGAUGUAAGUAUUUAAAAUGUCACUGCACUGCUGUAGCAGCCUCAAGUUGCAACUCCCACUUGUGUGUUUUGAUGGCGGUGACUGCAUGAGUCCUACACACGUAAUAUCAUUGGUUUAUUUGGCAUUUAUUUUAUUGUGCUUCAUUUCAAUGUGUCCACCUCACACAUUUUUUUCCCUCCCUCUUAUUCAUAUGUUCAGUUUUUGCUCGUAGGUUUGUUAGCGUCACAUAGGUAACACCCUUUUUUUUUUUUUUUAUUCACAUGUAGGUUCUAACGGUUGUAUUAGAAAUUACAUAUAUUUAAAUAUGGCUGCUUAUUGCUCCUAAUAUUAAUAAUAAUAAAUGUACAGGCCUAA